AUGAAUGGACACAGUGCCAUCUGGUUCGAUAGUGCUCUUAAGCACGGCCGCAGUGAGGCCUGCGAUACCUUUGAUAACCCAGUGCUUUGCGGUCAACAAUCCUCAUCGUUAUCAGCUCACUCCACAUCAACUGAAAAUGACUCUAAAGUUCCUUUACAGUCUGAUCGUCACUCUGAGCGUCUUAGACCGAGUUCUCUCUCUUCGUCGUCUGCCAUAACCCCACAUGAUCGACCCUUGAACAGUUCAUUGGAUUCUGAGAUUACGUCUGGCCGACAAACCUGUCCUAGGCGACAUUGUGGAAAUGAAGAAGAGGCA